AUGUCGAGGCGUAAGCAAGCCAAACCGCAGCACAUCAACUCCGACGAGCCUGCUUCGUUAGGAAAUGGUAAGUUCACACACACGAGAUAUGAGGGAGAGACUUAUCCCCAAACUUUUACCCGCAGUUUCGCCACGCUUUGCUGAAAACUCUCGACAUUUAGUCUUAAAGUUUGGGUUGACUUUUACUUUGUUCCUCUCGCACUUUGACCUGUUGCUGUCCGUUUGAGUGGACCGAAAGAGAAAAAGAUCUGGAGGCGACACAUUGAGAAAUAAUUUUCGAUACAAUACAGGUGUUCAUCGAGGGUCGAGUCGAACCCGAACCUGUGAGAUUGUCUGAGUUUCUUUCACUGUUUCGAGGGGAAACAAACCAAAAAGUAACCGAGUCUCAUCCUCUUUGUAACCUCUCCGAGCUUUUGAUGUUGGACUGAUUUUAGAAGUGAAAUUAUCUCGACUUAAAGCGAUGUUUCUGUCUAAACCUUCCGGAUCAGUUCACCACAAAUCAGUUUCUUUUUUACCUCCUGUUGAUUGUCUGAAACGUGUUAACUUGAGUAAAAAGUUUUAAGGUUGAUUCUUGGUGCCAUAGUUUCUGCUUUGAUUGUGUUUUAAAGUUUCCUCUUAUCAUGACGCAUCAUUUUCUCUACUCCAAGUCCUCCGAAAUUGACUUAAAAUGCUUCAUCUUUUCAGCUUUUUGUGAAUUAAACAGUUGUUUUUUUUAAUCUACACUGUAAUGUAUCUAAUGUAAGAAUAUCCAUGUUCGGUAUGUUGAUAUUUGAGUGUGAUUUGUGCGUAACUGUGCGCCAAAACUCGAAGAUUUGAACAAAGGUGCCCCCAAAAACAGUAUGAAAUGUGACUCUGGAGUAAGCUGACCUAAAGCAAUAAAUCCCCCAGUUUAAUGCAUGACUGUUUCCUUUCGUACAUAUGUGGAGAGGUGGGGGAUGGAGCAGUGGCCUUUUUGUGGAGACUGGCUGGGUGGGGGUGCGUUUUGGUGUUGCCAUAUGCAAGCUCCAGCGGACCUCACCUUAUGAAACCUUUUGGAAACUUUGAUAUCGCGAUGUUUGAACGGACGCAGCUGAAUCCCAUGUGUAGCCAUCUUCUAAAUAAACACGUUUGACAAAGAUUUAACAUUAUAUGUGCCACAUAAGGUCCACAAAUUAAAUGUUUAGCCUGACCUCGUGUCAUGUACUCUUCUAACGGUGAUCACAUAGGCUACAGGUCAUGCGCCGUCAAGUGGUAAACCAGAGUUCUGCCCCCCUUAUUUUCACUGAAUACCCUCAUAAGUGUGAUAUUUUUGUAGGAAGGUAAAGACCGAACAAGGACAUUAUUGUGCCCAAGCUUUCCCCUGUGUGCCCUCUUUUAUAAAUUGACUGUAUUUAGAUAAGAAUGACAGAGUUAUAUGGUGCAACAUGUCUUGCUGACUGUUUUCUUCUAGAUGAAAAUGUAAUGCAGAUUGCAGGCCCUCUUUGUGACACCAUUUCAAUACCUCCUGGUGAGCAAUUAACAAGUCCUACAGUUUCCCUGGGCUAAUGCAAACAGGUGGUCUACCCCCCUCUUCUUCAAAGCAUUAGCAUUUAACAAUACACCCAGUUGUGAAAUGGCCUCUUGGUUAGCAGAGAAAUUAAAAUGCACACUUGGAGCACUUCAAGGCUCUCUGAAGUUGUGAAACCGCUCAGAAGUUUCAGGAUGAAAUCACCCCUUCCCUCUCCUUUUGUUAGUGCAUCUUUUGUAAAGAAAUAUAUAGUGAAAUAUGUGUAUUUUCUUGUUUCUAAAAACUGGCAUUAAGACUUUUUUAAAUGUAUUUUCUUGAGUUUAACUUGGGUCACAGGUCUUGCCCUUCAUUUACCAGUGGAAGCAGAUCAGAGUUUUAGUAAGUGCCCGGUAGCCUUUUUCAGAGACAGAGUAAUUUAAUGCUCAUAGCUCUUUGUCCCCCUGGACAUUGUUCUGAGUAGUGUCAAAGGUAGAUGAUUGCCCUCUGCUGGCUCUGUGGACAAUAGCCAAAUUCAAAGUCCUCAGCAGCCCAGUGCAGUGGGCUGUUGAAGAGUGGAGCAUCUGGCAGGACUACACAAAGGACAUGCUCUUUAAUCUCAAGAAUGACUAAAGACUUACAGGAACAUGUUUUUCACAACAGAAAGAGUGUUAUUAGUCAUGCAAAAAAGCAUUAAAAAGAUAAAACUGGAUUGUUAGUUAAAAUGUUUCUUGACUAAAAUGGUGUAAAAGUGCAUGGCUUGAUUUAUUCAUUUGAAGUAAAAAGUCACUGAACAUCCUCCAAAAACUGGCUCCACAAAAUCUGAUGCUUUAAGAGUAAUUUAUAAAUGAAAGCCUCAUUUUAAGGAUAAAAAGAAAUAUUUUAUGAGUGUCCUUGUUGCCAUCUGCAGCUAUUCGUUCCAGCAAAAAUACAGACAAAUAUCAAAGUAUCCCUCAUCACAAAAAUUUGUCCUCCUCCAAUGCUUAUUGACUGUUUUGAAAAUGUUUCAAGAUGGACUUGUAGCCUGAACGCCUGCAGCAGGUCCCAGUCUGUGUUUCUAAUCUGGCCUUUUAUUUUGGUUCUUGUAUCCACCGUUAAUCCACAUCUAUUUUUGCUUUUUAAAAUUCAGAUAUUUUUGUAUUUAUAGCUGCUAAAUCCCUUCUGCUGGGUGACUGGCCCUUCAAUCAAUCUGGGAUGUCAUUCAGGGGAUUACAGUUGAAUUGGUGGCUUACUUUCACUAAAACGGGAAAAAUAAUCAGAUCUACAUGCGACUGAUUUUCAGACUGCUGAAUUAAUUUAGUGUACAAAAAAAGGUACACCUUUUUUUUAAUAUAAUAUCCAAGGUGUGCAUAAUGUCACAACCAUUCAGAGUAUGUUGAUUAUUCUUCAGAAAACCACUAAUUCUAUCAUCUUACAUGCAUCCUGAAUCACCUUUUAAUACAAAUGUUGUGUCUUCUUUUAGGAGUUCUUCAAGAUGAUCAAGCUGAGGAGUCUGGAGGUGAAGUGAAGAGGUUCAGAAUGGACGAGACCAGAGUCUGCAACAAGUGCUGUGCAGAAUUCUUUGAUGAAGAAGAUUUUCUCGAGCAUGAGAGAAAUUGCACUAAAAACCAGGAGGUGGUCAUCAUGAAGGAGGGGGAUGGUAAUGAGGUGUCCGAGGAAUACUCUCAAGGCUCUCCUGAAGGCCUCGCGAGUGACCACGACGACGGCCAGUCCAGCAGCCAUUCCUUAUCAAAUGUCAACACAGACCACCUUGAAAGGGCGGAGGAGGAUUCCAGCAUGAACGCAGAGGAUUUGGGACAACAUGAUCAGGCUGACUUGUCUGGUAGCCCUGAGACUUUCCAUCCCUCACACAAAAUGCAAGAUUCAAACGUCACUCUUGAAGCCAUGGCAGACACUAAAGUGGCCGUCUCCCAACAUUCCUCAAAUAAUGCAUCUCUAACGACGUCACAGGAGGCCCUGCAGACCAUCCCCAUGAUCCUGGAACAGUUAGUGUGCCUCCAACAACAGCAGCUGCAGCAAAUUCAGCUCACAGAACAGAUUCGAAUCCAAGUAGCCAUGAUGACUUCACAGGGUCUCCAGUCAGUAGGGGCAGUCAUGGAUCCUCUGAAAGCCCUUGGUGCACAUCUCUCCCAACAGCUGUCCAGUGCAGCAGCUUUGAUAGGAAAAAGGACUGGUAGUCAAAGCCUUUCUCUUGAGACAAUGAAGCAAGGUCAACUACCUCUGCCUGCUGGUAUCCCUACCUCUCUGCCUGGAGGACUGGCUUCAGUGACCUCCAAAAAUGACAUUUUAAAGGGUAUUCCAGAUCUGGCUAAUCGUCUGCCUGCACUUCUGCCACAGUCACCAGGUGUCAUGGCUUUCCCUGGCACCUUCAAUGGUAUCCAAGCAGGAAUGGAGCCCCCCAAAAAAGUGAAGACCAAAAUGCUGAGUGUCCCUUCAGAACCAAAGAGCGGCGAUUCAUUAUACAAGCACAAGUGCAAGUACUGUGGGAAGACCUUCGGGAAUGACAGUGCUCUCCAGAUUCAUCUGCGUUCUCACACUGGUGAGAGGCCCUAUAAGUGUAAUAUUUGUGGAAACCGCUUCACAACCAAAGGAAACCUCAAAGUGCAUUUCCAGAGGCAUAAAGACAAGUAUCCUAACAUCGGCAUGAACCCACAUCCUGUGCCAGAGCACCUUGAUAGCAUCCCCACCAGCAGUGGCAUUCCCUUCGGCAUGUCUGUCCCCUUAGAUGAGUCAAAUAUAACUGAAAUGAAGCCAUUACUCGGCCAUCCUGCUUCUGGGUUCCACCCAUCAUCCAUACCAGGAAUGAAGACAUUUGACAGCUUUGCAGGGGACCCAUUUUCCCAAAGACCCUCCCCAUCAGCAAGCGAUGGCUCCCCUUCUGUUUCCGCCAGUAUGUUUGGCCAAGAGAUGGAUCCUAGUCAGAAGGAUGCGAAGGAGCUGCUUGGUGCAUUGCAUCAAAUGAAUGGUGGUGUCCUUCCUGGAGAACAGAGCUCUGGAACAGCAAAACUUCAGCAGAUGGUCGAUGGUCUAGAAAAACGAACCAACGACCCCAAUGAGUGUGUCAUCUGCCACAGGGUGCUCAGCUGCCAGAGUUCACUGAAAAUGCAUUACCGCACACACACAGGAGAGAGGCCCUACAAGUGCAAAAUCUGUGGCCGUGCAUUCUCCACCAAGGGGAACCUCAAGGCCCACUAUGGAGUGCACAGGGCUAACACUCCUCUCAAAAUGCAGCACUCGUGCCCCAUCUGUCAGAAGAAGUUCACCAACGCUGUGGUUUUGCAGCAGCACAUUCGUAUGCACAUGGGUGGACAGAUCCCAAACACCCCGAUGCCCGAGAACCAGUUUGAGGCAGCAGAGGCGAUGGAUUCUUCCCUCCCAGAAGAAAUGCCACUAGAGACCAAUGGUCUCAAUGCUAGCAUGGAAGAGCAUGAGGCAGAGCUGAACUCCCAGAAACCAAACAACCCCUCAGAUUCCCUCCCACCCGCCUCUGAGGAACAGCAGCACACUGCUCCUGCUGCUUUUUCCAGCCUAGAUGUUUUGAAGAAUCUCACCUCUGCUCUCGCACUGAAACGACAGAGUAGCACCGCUUCAGAAAGCGAGGGAACUGCCAAAGAGUCCCCUUCAGCCUCAAGGGAUCAGGAGUAUCAGAACGGCCGUAGUCCUGCAGUGUCUGACUCCGCUAGGUCCUUUAAUUCCUCCUCCCCUGUUAACACAAACAUGAGUAGUUCCAAGUCUCCUGAGUCUGCUGCUGAGGAAUUUGCCCGCAGUGUGCUUAAAUCAGAGUCCGAUGGUAGUGCUCAAGGUGGUUCUGAGUCAAGUGGAGCCCUUGACCUCACAGCGUCCAGCAGCUUUACCCCCAAAGCCAUCAAGGAAGAACCUGGUGUUUCAUUCACAAACGGAGACUAUGGUAAGUGUACUCAUUGAAGGAAAGUGUAAUUAUUAAUGAUGUCCUGUUGAGUGAGUGCUUUUGCUUAACUACCUUUCCUCUGUCCCAACAGUUCCAGGUAACAUGUCUUUCAUGAGGAUACCAUCAAGUCUUGCUAGCCUGGAGAUGAAGAUCUCUCCUGAGAAUCCUUUGGGUCCUCAUGGUUUGUUCAACUCCCACAUGCCUCAGGGAACAACCAUGCCCUCCUCCAUCUCCUCGGCACCAAGACGAUCAGCCAAACAGCACAUGUGUAAUGUUUGUGGCAAGAACUUCUCAUCUGCCAGUGCCUUGCAGAUCCAUGAGCGCACUCACACAGGGGAGAAACCUUUUGCCUGCAAUAUCUGUGGCAGGGCGUUCACCACCAAGGGAAAUCUAAAGGUAAGCAUGAAUGUGCUGAAUAGGCCUUAAAAAUUCACUACAAGUGUGUUUUAAUGAUGAGAUUUUAAUCACUGGUGUCUCUUGUCUCCAGGUACAUAUCGGCACUCAUAUGUGGAACAACACAUCCCGGCGUGGCCAGCGUCUGAGUUUGGAUAACCCCAUGGCGUUGAUGGCAAUGAGCUCCGAGGCCAAGAUGCUGCCAGAGAUUAUGCCGGCCCCCAAAGAACUCGCUGCUCCACAAAUGAACUUUGACCCUUCUUUGUGGAACCAGUAUGCUGCUGCCUUCAGCGGGGGCCUAACCAUGAAGACCAAUGAAAUUUCUGUCAUCCAGGGCGGUGGCAUCCCGCUCCCCGGGAGCCCUGCUGGCGGGCCUCUCAUUGGCUCCACUGGAGGCCUCAUGAAGAUGGAUGGAUCUCAUUCCGGCCUGCCUGCCACCAUGGCUGAGAUUGAGAAAAACAGCUCAGACAGUGUGCCGAAAUCGCAGUUCCCACAUUUCAUGGAAGAGGGUAAAAUUGCAGUUAAUUAG